AGACUGUCCACAAAAAUAUCAAGCUGUAAUAAAAGUUUGGUGAGAUGUCGCACUUCGAAGUUGGCCUAAUUUUUUUUAUAGUUUUUCGUUAUUUCAUGGAUAUCUUUUUUUCACACACUGGAGCAGUUUUUACAUUGGCCGAUUAUGUUUUCCUUCACGGUCAUAGUCCAUGUCCGACGUCAUCAAACCGUUGCAAAUAUCCAACAAAAUCAAUAAAAUGUGUAUCGCCAAGCCUCCUGCCUCGCUCCGAAGAAAUCCGGAAAAAGAUACCUAUCUGAAGAUUGCAACGGCUUAUAAGAGGGGCGAAUGAAGUGCUUUCCAAUUUUUCGGCAGUUUAUAAUUUAUCAAAUAAAAUACACUAAUAAAAAUGGAAUAUUAUAGAUUCCCGAGUGCUAAACGUCAACUAUCCCGUCUCAGUCUUAAAAAUGUGUUACUGGUUUUAAUAACUAUUACAUUGACGUGGAUCGUCAUAAAAUUUAGUAGCAGUCAGGCGGAAGUUUUUGAAGAUGACGCUGAUAUUGAUAGUGAUAAGGAAGCUUCUCCAAUUUUCAAAGCGUUUUAUAAAUGUGUGAGGCCGAAAUUGGAACCGUUUAGAGGACGGCACAACGAUUUUUGGUUCAAAUUCGCCGAAGUCACAGCAGAUUGUGAUGAGCUCAAAGAAUACAAAGCACUGGAAAUUAUGCCAUCAAUGAAUAAGGAUGAGACCAAAUAUUUCGCCUAUCCGAAAAAGGACGAAAACCUCACAAUGAUAACGUUGGGUAUCGGGCGUGACGUGGCAGCUGAAAUCGGGUUGAAGAGGCUUUACAGGAAAAUAAACUUUUAUGGAGCUGAUCCAAGUUCGGAAUAUAACAAGGAUUUGUACGAGAAAGAUUUGAAAGGGAAAUAUUAUCAAUAUGCAGUUAGUGAUAGGAAUUCGAUGGGGAUGUCAGCGGUUUUGGGAGAUAAUGGCUACAAAGACCAAGUCACCCAGCACAUAUCUGCCAGUCAAUUUUUCAAAAAUAUUAUCCAAAAAGACCGAAUCGACGUUCUCUGGAUUGAUAUCGAAGGAAAUGAGUACUCGGUUUUAAGUCAAAUUCACCGAAAUGGACCACUUGACACAGAUGGUGUGAAGAUCUGUCAAAUGAACGUAGAGAUGCAUCAAUUCCCGACGUGGUGGCCUUCUGGUGAAAUGAAAAAGUUUCAUGAUUUUGUGUGGAAGGUGCUCAGAGACAGGCGCUACAUAAUUUUGAAGCCAUUUUUUGUGAUCUACGAACAUUUCCGAUUUAUUCGACUUUUCAUUGUGAAUGUUGCCGAUAAGGAGUGCACUGAUUUGUAUUUGAAAUAAUUUUUAUUUGAAAAAAAAAUAGUUUGUGAUCUCAAAGUUUUUUAAAAAUAAAAUAACAAGAUAUGUAGUUUAUGUUAACAAAUUUGCACCUGCUGUCUUGAGGAAUAAAAUUGAUUUAACA